AUGCGUUCCAAUCUCAGCCACACCGACGCAUCACCUCGAGACUCAGCAUCGAAUCCCACCGACGAAGCACAACCCAAUUCGUCAUCGACUUUCGCUGCAUUUCCACACGACCCUGCAUCGUCCUCGCCAGCCAACGUCGGCCACCUUGCAUCUGUGCUCACUACAGUACGAAGACCAGCGCCUUCGCCUGCGAACAGUCCGGAACUCAGACCCACCUCUCGCUUUCCUGCCACACUUUCCACACCCGCAGAGCAUAAACGAACGUCCGUAUACAAGAGAGCUCGGACUGUGAGCCCCAUCAUCGACGAAAACAGCAGCGACGUCGAGAACGAAGUCAGAUCGCUGUAUUCACAAUCCGCAAGCGAUCUCGGUGAGCCCGACCACCUAGACGCCAUCUCCUCGUCGCAACCCACGCCCCUCCGCCAGAGCAUUUCAUCUGCCGAUAUUUUGAAUCCGCCACAUAUCAUGUCUAAAUCCGAUCAGAACAUUGAAGGACUCAUGACCGAAAAAUCUCUCAGCCUCAACGACGGUGCUGCUGCCGCUGCUACCAACACCCUCACUGUUGAGACGAUGGUGAACGAAGAGCCUCCUUCGUAUUCCGAGGCGGUCCAACCUCUACCUUUCACUGCACAGGCUCUUGACAUCACCGUGGCAGCCAGGCCGACCGGUCAAGAGCAGUUGGACCGCAUUCGACCCAUGAAGAAUCUCCCUCUCCACACUGGCGAUGUAUGGUAUCUUGUCAGUCGCAAGUGGUAUCGUCGUUGGGACGCCGCUUGCACCGAGCGACGUGAUUCCGAUCCUGCCGAAAAACUGGAUGUCCCCAUCGGCCCCAUUGACAAUUCGGACCUCCUUGACCCAGACUCGACCUCCUUUGUUCGUCUCAAAUCAGGUAUCAACGAGCAUGUCGACUACGAGAUGCUGCCUGAAGAAGGCUGGAAGCUCCUUGUCGCAUGGUACGGAAGCAGUGGGCCCGCUUUUGCACGCAAAGUCAUCGACGGCCGCUGUCCAGGUCAGGAGAGCGUCGAAUUCUACCCUCCCAUCUUUCGUCUGCUCAGGCUUGUCGAAGAUGACAGCACACAGGGCUCGGGCGUCCCCCCCUUCAGCCUAUCAGUCAGCACAAGCCUUGCUGAGCUCAAAGCGAUGGUCAAGAUGGCGUUCAACCUUGGUCAGGUUGCCGACGUUGAUAUCAGACUCUAUUUUUUCCCCGAACCAUCAGACCAGGAGCUUCAGAGUGGACUCGUUGGCUUUGCAAGACUGGAUGAGGAGGGUGUGAGCAUCAUUGACGCCCGUGAAGACAAGCCUGACAGCUAUCAACCCAACGUCUCUCUAAGAUCGAUCGGGAUAGAGGAAAUAGAAGUCAACCUUCUCGUCGAGAUCCGCCAAUCAGGACGCUGGCAAACGGACCCUGCUCCUGCUGAAGCCACAGCUUCUUCGGUCAAAGGCGUCUUUGCGCAGCAGGGCGACUUCUUCAGCAACCUUCAACAGAGCAGCAGUGUCAUUGCCUCAGCAAGCGGCAGUGCAACAUCUGUGCCGAGUGCGGAAGCCCAAGGACGAGUGACUAGGUCGCAGACCGCUACGGAUCGAAGCAUGGGCAGAUCACGCGGACUUCGCGGCCUCAACAAUCUCGGCAAUACUUGCUUCAUGAACAGCGCGCUUCAGUGCCUCAGCAACACGUACGAGCUACAGCAGUACUUUGUCUCUGGAGCCUACAAGGAGGAGCUCAACACAGACAACCCACUGGGAAUGGGAGGUGCGAUCGCGGAGGCAUUCGGCAACCUCAUCACCAAUAUUUGGAAUGGACAGGGUGGCUCUUUCUGGCCUCGUGAGUUCAAAUUUGCCCUCUCUCGCUUUGCACCACAGUUCAGUGGAUAUGCACAGCAUGACAGUCAGGAGCUGCUCGCAUUCCUUUUGGACGGUCUGCACGAGGACCUUAACCGCAUUCUCAAGAAGCCCUACAUUGAGGCACCCGAUUGGGAGGGAGGCGACGAAAAGGAUCUUGUGGCUUUUGCCAAGCGACAGUGGGACAUUUACAAGGCGCGUAACGAUUCGGUCAUCGUCGAUCUCUUCCAGGGACAGUACCGUAGCACGCUGGUCUGCCCUGAUUGCAGCAAGGUCUCGAUCAAGUUUGAUCCAUUCAUGUACUUGACCCUGCCCAUCCCGAACAGGAAGAUGUGGCGAGGGCAAGUGUACUUUGUACCACUGGAUGCGGGUCAGUCCAUGCACAAGUUCCAGGUGCUGCUUCCGGCUGGUUCUACGGUUGGCAAGCUGCGGCAGAAAGUGGCGGCACAAUUUGGCAUAGAAACGAAGCGUUUGGUGUGCGGGGAGGUAUGGCAUCAUCGCAUCUACAAGUGGAUUGACGAUUACGAGCCGCUCAUUGAUGUCAAGGACGGCGACUUUGUCUACUUCUGGGAGGUGCCAACAGCUCCUCGUUUCUCUAAGCAGCGUCACUAUCGUUACCAUCGCUCGGUCGAGGACGCCGAGAAUGCGCUGGAUAUUCCAGAGGAGGAGCAAGCGAUCUUGCCCGUCUUUACCAACUUUGCCAUGGACGCUUCAGAACCUUCGUCGAGUCAAGCCUUUGUCAGCCGUCGUGCUCGUACAGAGGCUGUUGGCAUUCCUUUCUUUGUUUCUGUGCCCAAGGCCGAUAUUUACAACGUUGACGCUAUUCGCAAACACGUCUUGGAAGGGUUUUCGCGCUAUGCGAGGAAUUCAGACGAUCUUCGAAAAGCUGUCGAGCAAAAUCGUGACACUAGUGCUUUGUCAGCCAUACCGCCAUCUGCAUCCCAGAUUUCGGACUGGGAGAUGAUCGAUGACUCGACCACUAGUGCAGAAGAUGCAGUACAAGUGGUAGCGCCAAGUCAAACAAGCGACAGCGACGUGGUCACAGAGAUUCGAGACGAUGGCGAAACUGUGGUGGUACCUGAUUUUAGCACGACCGACGUUGACGCAUUAGCUGCUCCGCGUACCCCGCUACAGAAAUCAAAGUCCGCAACGCCCAUCGAACGAGCUUUGCGAAUUCGUUUCAGUGUUGCCGAGGCAGGUCAAGGGCUUCCCAAGGGAAGCGAGAGCAACGCAGACCAUCUGUCUGAAGACCUCGAAGAGCGUCAACUCCGUCUUGCGAAGCGAAACAACUUUUCGUCGGAAGGCUCAGACGAACUUUCGAUGAAAAUCGCCGCCGACGAGCUGGAGUCCGAGGAUGAGUCUAAAGCUGCAUCGCCACCAAAAGCGAUUCCUCUCGUCUACACAGGCGGUGCCAUCGUCUGCACCUGGUCACAUUCCAUCAAGGAACGUGGCUUGCUCGUCGAAUCGGAAUCAGCUCAAUUGUGGGGCGAGUACGAAGAAACGGUAGACGAGUCCAUUCGUCAACGCGAGAACGCCGGACCGGCUCGAACAAAGACGCUGUCGAUCGAGGAUUGCAUGGACGAAUUUACGAGGGAGGAGCAGUUGGGUGAGGAUGACCCGUGGUACUGCCCAUCAUGCAAGGAGUUCCGUCAAGCAACCAAGAAGUUUGAUCUUUGGAAGGCACCUGAUAUCCUCGUGGUGCAUCUCAAGCGCUUCAGUGCCGGCAGGCAUUCGCGUGACAAGCUCAAUAUGCUCGUGGACUUUCCCUUAGAGGGUCUCGACUUGACGGAUCGAGUCGAGGGUACUCAGGCGCUUCGAAGAGUGCAAGAGGAAGCUGAGAAGAGUGGCGAGGAGUUGUCGGAGAGCAUGCUGGGAUCGGGCAUCCUGCGUCCGUUGGAGGACAACGAUGAUGCGGUUGCGGUGGAUCGUCCCAUCUAUGAUCUGUAUGCGGUCGACAACCAUUUCGGCGGAUUGGGCGGAGGACACUAUACCGCCUUCGCAAAAAGUCCAGCUGAUGGCAAGUGGUACGAGUUUGACGACUCAAGCGUCAGACCAGUGGCGAAUCCUGAGCAGGUCAAGAGCUCUUCGGCUUAUUUGCUCUUCUAUCGCCGUAGGACAACGCGGCCGAUUGGAGGCAAGUCAAGGCAAAAGUUCCAAGAAGCUGCCAAGACCAAGGCCACUGCUGCAGGGGGGCAGGUAGAAGCUGGUGGCUUCGACACUGUAGCGUCAGGCGCAGCGGCAAACACUGGAGCAUCCAACGCGACGGGCGACUACUCGAGCGAUUCGUCCAGCGACGACACUCCUGAUUGGUCAUUGAACAUGCGCAACGGCGUCGAUGACAACCUCGUCGAGCCGGCGACGGGCUGGUCGAGCACUGGCAAUUCGCCCGCUUCAUCUAGUCGUGCUCCAAGUCCAAUGAGCGACCGUGGUGCUGGAUCUCCCUGA